AAGAAGAAGAAGAAGAAGAAGAGAGCCUCCUCAGCCAUGGCGUCGCCCUUAGAACAAGCUGAAGAAUUGCGCCUCUACCAGCAAACUCUUCUCCAGGAUGGGCUCAAGGACUUGUUGGACCACAGCAAGUUCCUCGACUGCGUCUUGAAGGCGAAAGGGAAGGAGUUCCCAUGUCACCGCCUGGUCCUCGCGGCCUGCAGCCCUUAUUUCAGGGCCAUGUUCCUCUCGGACAUGGAAGAGAGCAAGAAGAAGGAGAUCAGCUUAGAGGAGGUCGACCCGGAAGUCCUGGGUAAGAUUCUCCAUUACAUCUACACCUCGGAGCUGGAGAUCACCGAGCAGAACGUCCAGGACAUUUUCUCCGUGGCCAACAUGUUCCAGAUCCCUUCUAUUUUCACGGUCUGCGUUUCCUUCCUCCAGAAGAGGCUUUGUCUCAGCAACUGCCUGGCCAUUUUCAGGCUGGGUUUGAUGUUGGAUUGCGCCCGCUUGGCGGUAGCCGCCAGGGACUUCAUUUGCGACCGCUUUGCCCUGAUCUCCCGUGACGAGGAGUUCUGCCAGCUCUCCCCCGACGAGCUCAUUGCCAUCAUCUCCAGCGACUCCCUGAACGUUGAGAAGGAAGAGUCCGUCUUCGAGGCGGUGAUGAAAUGGGCUACAGCCAAGGAGCGCGAGAGCCGGGUGCAGGCCCUCCCGGUGGUGUUUGAGAGCAUCCGUUUCCGCCUCAUGGACAAGGGUUACUUCAGGGACCAGGUGGAGAAGCAUGCUGUCAUCAAGUCCAGCCCGGAGCUCCUCAAGAAGAUCCAGAUGGUGAAGGAUGCCCACGAGGGGAAAUUCACGGUGGUGAAGAAGACGGCGGGGAAGAAAAAGGUGGAGAAGAAAAGCGGGGACAGUGUGAUAAACGGAGGGGUAGAGGAAGAAGAGGCUGAGAAAGAGGAAGAAGAUGUCCUUCCGGGGAUCUUAAAUGAUACCAUGCGCUUUGGGAUGUUCCUUCAUGACCUCAUUUUCAUGGUCAGUGACUCAGGGGCGGUGGCCUACGACCCGGGCGCCAACGAGUGCUACUUUGCCUCCCUUUCCGCUCAGAUCCCAAAGAAUCACGUCAGCCUGGUCACCCGCGAGAAUCAGGUCUUCAUAGCAGGUGGACUUUACUACAAUGAGGACAAUAAAGAGGAUCCCAUGAACUCCUAUUUCUUGCAGUACGAUCACUUGGACUCGGACUGGCUGGGAAUGCCCCCGCUCCCCUCCCCACGCUGUCUGUUUGGACUCGGCGAGGCAGAAAAUUCCAUCUUCGUGGUCGGCGGGAAAGAGCUGAAGGAAGGGGAGGAGACCUUGGACUCGGUCAUGUGCUACGAUCGGCUGUCCUUUAAAUGGGGUGAAGCCGAUACCCUCCCUUACGCAGUCUAUGGGCACAGUGUGGUCUCCUGCAAAGAUCUCAUAUAUGUCAUAGGAGGCAAAGGAGAAAAUAAAAAGUGCCUGAACAACCUGAUUGUCUACAACCCAAAGAAGUUUGAGUGGAAGGAGCUGGCUCCUCUGAAAUCGGCCCGUUCGCUCUUCGGGGCAACCAUGCACCACGACAAAAUUUAUGUGGCGGCAGGAGUGACCGACUCCGGUUUGACCAACUCGGUGGAAGUUUACGACAUUGCAGCUGAUAAGUGGGAAGACUUCACCGAAUUUCCCCAGGAACGCAGCUCCGUCAGCCUCGUCAGCCUGGGCGGAACCCUUUACCUGAUUGGAGGGUUUGCCACCGUAGAGGCGGAGUCAGGAGACCUGGUUCCGACGGAACUCAAUGACGUCUGGAGGUAUGACGAGGAAGGGAAGAAAUGGGAAGGCGUGCUCCGAGAGAUCCAGUAUGCGUCAGGUGCCACUUUUCUGCCGGUGCGGCUCAACAUCUUACGACUAACCAAGAUGUGAUCAUGAGGAGGCGUCUCUCGU